AUGAGUGAUUCCGACAGUGAAGGAAGCGACGUGAGUGAUCUUGAGAAAUCGGGAUCUGAUAGUAGCGACAAUUAUAAUGACAUUUCAAGCUCAGAAGAAUCAGUUUUAAUAACCGCAGUGUUUGGUGAAGAACUCCACACCAUUCCAGAGAAACAGAAGACUACAGCUACCAAACAUCUCCGCACAAGUGACUCCGUCGGGAACCACACCAGGGGGAGAGAGAAACGUAAGUUGGUGGACGUCAAAACAGAGGGAAUAGACCACAUGGCCGAGGCAUCUCAAAUUCUUGGGCCAAGUAUUUCCACCGCCUAUCUCGGAGACUACGGUGGCUACGGCGAACAAGGUUACGGAGGGCUCGGCGGCCAAAAUUACGGACUAGAAAAAGGUGCCGGAGGAUUUUACGGCAACCAGAACACCGGCAUCUCCCAAGGAGAAAUCGGCUUCUACGGCGCCGGGGGCAGCAAAGGAGCCAGCAAUCUCGCGUCUACAAACCGCUACGGCGGCAGCAACGCUGCGAAGAAAGGCAGCGGUGCGAGUUCAGGGUACUACGGAGACGCGGCCGGCGCCAGACGGGGCCACAACGUCGGGAACGCGUACUACGGGGACCAGGCCUACAGCCGGAACGGCGCGGCCGCACAGGGCGUCGGCAGCAGGGCCGGCCACCGCAAGGGACACCACUCCACCGGGUUCCACAACACGUACCACAAGGACGAAUCGGGCAAGACGUCCACGUUCUACGACGACGGCGCAGACGAAGGGGGGCACUACAGCUACGACGCCCGGGACGGCGCCUACAAGGACGCAGCGGGGAACGUCGGAGGCGGAGGCUUCCAAGACGGCGCAUACCAGGGCAACCAGCAGGCCAGGCAGGGCAACUACGGCACGUCUGCCGCGUUCGACGCACAGCAGGGCAACAAAGACAUCCUCUCUAAUGGACAGUACCUCAACGACCAGCAGAAGUACGGUGUCGGGAGAAGUGCCAACAAGUACGGUCUCAACACCUACGAGGGGCAGGGUGGAGGGGGCGGAGCCUACUACAAGGGUGGCGGAGGCGGUUACAACUACGGCCAAAACGCAGGAGUGGGCGGGUUUCAAAACGGGCCUGCCAUGGCGACCGGAGGUUACCUCGCACCGGCGACCGGUUACGGAUUUUACGACCAGAAAGCUAGCACCUUACACCCUCAGCAGUUCUACCCUGCGAAGGCUAAAAUAAAGGAGAAGGUUACGCCUUCUAAUAUAAUUGAAUUGGCUGCAGCAAAUUGA